AUGUAUUUAUUUAACGUUUUAUUAUUUAGUAUACUGUUACUGAACGUCGGUGCGAAGGACCAUGCUAGUGCACAUGAUUCACACAAAUUGUCAGAAUUGUCAAUUAGAAUAGGUGACUGUAUAUGUUUUAUGAAAUUAGGUCCCGAUCUCAACCGUAAUCAAAAGUCUUUCUUCUGUAAACCUGAUGAGACUAUCAACAAUUUAACCCCUGACCUCCAACAAUCAAUUAAAGCAAAAUGUCAGUCGAUGAGUUUCAAAGACAUAAAACGCAUGUUUAUUUACUCAUUAUUGUUGAAACAUAAUGCCAAUAAGAAUAUAGAAAAAGACGAUGAAAAUAACACAACAAAUGGAAAAAAUGAAUCAAAUUCCCAAGGAAUUAAAAAUGUCGACAAAAAUAGUACAGGAACUGGAGAACCUAGAAUAGAUCCUCAUUCAACUUUAAAUGAGAACAAAAUUAUUUUACAAUCCAUAAUAAAUAAUAAGGACGAUAAACAUGAGCUUUCUUUAGUUCCAAACGUAAACAAAAUUGAUGGAAAUAACACAACCAAUGGAAAAAAUGCAUCGAAUUCCCUAGGAAUUAAAAAUGAUGACAAAAAUAGUACAGGAACUGGAGAAUCUAGAACAAAACCUCCUUCAACUUUAAAUGAGAGCGAAACGAUUGAAUAUGCCAGUAUAAAUAAUACGGACGAUAAACAUGCGCUUUCUUUAGUUCCAAACGUAAACAAAAUUGAUGGAAAUAACACAACCAAUGGAAAAAAUGAAUCGAAUUCCCUAGGAAUCAAAAAUGGUGAUAAAAAUAGUACAGGACCUGGAGAAACUAAAAUAAUAUCUCCUUCAACUUUAAAUGUAAGCGAAACUAUUGACCAAGCCAGUUUAAAUAAUAAGGAACAUAAAAAUGAGCUUUCUUUAGUUCCAAACGUAAACAAAAUUGAUGGAAAUAACACAACCAAUGGAAAAAAUGAAUCGAAUUCCCUAGGAAUCAAAAAUGGUGAUAAAAAUAGUACAGGACCUGGAGAAACUAAAAUAAUAUCUCCUUCAACUUUAAAUGUAAACGAAACUAUUGACCAAGCCAGUUUAAAUAAUAAGGAACAUAAAAAUGAGAUUUCUUUAGUUCCAAACGUAAACAAAAAUGAUGGAAAUAACACAACCAAUGGAAAAAAUGAAUCGAAUUCCCUAGGAAUUAAAAAUGACGACAAAAAUAGUAUGGGAACUGGAGAACCUAGAACAGAACCUCCUUCAACUUUAAAUGAGACCGAAAUUAUUUUACAAGCCAAUAUAAAUAAUAAGGACGGUAAACAUGCGCUUUCUUUAGUUCCAAACGUAAACAAAAUUGAUGGAAAUAACACAACCAAUGAAAAAAAUGCAUCGAAUUCCCUAGGAAUCAAAAAUGGUGAUAAAAAUAGUACAGGAACUGGAGAACCUAGAAUAGAUUCCAUUCCAGAGAUUCCUUCAUCAUCAAAUUUGAAGCCGAAAGAUUCGAUUAAAGAUAAGUCUCAUGUAAACAGAACCGAUACAACUCCAACUGAAGACAGUUCAUUUUUAGAGAAACUAGAAAAUUCAGAAGCAUUCAAGUACGAAUCUUAUCCUAGGUUUUACAAAAAGAACAAAACCAUACUUAUUGACGUAUCGGUGUUAGAAGAAAUUGCGCAACGAGCAGAACACAUUUGCGAUUGCUCUAUCAAGCCCAUUUUAAAAGAUAGUGACAAUGUGAAUUGCACCGCCGCUUCACCAUUCACGACUUUGGGAUCAUCGAUGAUGAGUGACAUUGAUGCACUUUGUGAAUACUUAAAUGAAAUGAUUUCCUUAUUAAAUAUAGAAAAAAAUAGAGCUUCAGAAGGAAAUGAAGACUUUUCUAGUGACAUGGAUAAUUCAGGAAUCAGAGAGAGAGUGGUAGAAAAUUCAGGAGGUGCAAAUAACCUUAGUGUACCACAAAUCGAAGCAACACUUGCUCCAGGUGAAAACAAUCAUAAUGUAUUACAACCCACGACGACAGUUGCUCCAGGUUCAAACAAUCAUAAUGUAUCACAACCCACGACGACAGUUGCUCCAGGUUCAAUCAAUCAUAAUGUAUCACAACCCACGACGACAGUUGCUCCAGGUUCAAACAAUCAUAGUGUGUCACUACCCACGACGACAGUUGCUCCAGGUGAAAACAAUCAUAGUGUGAUACAACCCACGACGACAGUUGCCCCAGGUGAAAACAAUCAUAGUGUGGUGUCACAACCCACGACGACAGUUGCUCCAGGUGAAAACAAUCAUAGUGUGAUACAACCCACGACGACAGUUGCUCCAGGUUCAAACAAUCAUAGUGUGUCACAACCCACGACGACAGUUGCUCCAGGUUCAAACAAUCAUAGUGUGUCACAACCCACGACGACAGUUGCUCCAGGUGAAAACAAUCAUAGUGUGAUACAACCCACGACGACAGUUGCUCCAGAACCAUUAUCACACGGAACAGAAACAUCCGGACUAGGACCAUUAGCCAAAGAACCUGAAAAAUAUAGUAUGGCAACGAUUUUGGGGCUCGGAAUUUGUGGAUUUGCUUGUGGCAUCCUGCUCGCCAUAGCUAUUACCAUGACAUAUAUACGAUAUAGAAGAAGAGUGUACGUGACGUACCGACCGUGA